CUCCCCGCUGCCUCGCUCCGCCAUUGGCCCCCUCGGGAAGCGCUCAGCGGCGCUUUCUGAUUGGCUGUCGCCGCGGCAACGGGCGGCGGGGGGCGUGGCCGGGGCGGCCCCUCCCGGCGUCUCGCGGGUUUGUUUGCGGCCGCCCGGUGGCGGCGGCCGGAGCCGAGCGGACUCGGACGGACCCGAACCGAGCCGGAAAGAGCCGAAAGCAGGCGGGAAGAGCCGAGCGCAGCGGAGCGCGGCCGGCCGGGCAUGAGGAGCGGCGGGACGCGGAGCCCCCCGCGCCCCCCGCCCGGGGCCGGUGCUCCCGGGGCUGCCCGGCCGAGCCCGCCGGUCCGCGGGCCCCGGUGACGCCGCGGGAGCCGCCGCAGGGGGGGCCUGGGCUAUGCGGUGGUGGCUGCGCGCCGCCGUGCUCAGCCUGCUCGCCGGAGCCGGGGGCAGCGGCCGGAGCGAGCCCCGCGCCGUGGUGGGGCGCGUCGGGGGCAGCGCGGUGCUGGGCUGCGGGCUCCUGGCCGCACACGAGGCGCGCCCGCCGCUCUACGUGAUCGAGUGGGUCCGCUUCGGCUUCGUCCUCCCCAUCUUCAUCAAGUUCGGGCUCUACUCGCCCCGCGUGGACCCCGAGUACGCGGGUCGGGUGCGGCUGGAGGAAGGAGCCUCGCUGCGCCUGGAGCUGCUGCGUGCCGAGGACCAGGGCUGGUACGAGUGCCGGGUGCUCUUCCUCGACCGGCACAGCAGCGACGCCGACUUCCAGAACGGCACCUGGAUCCACCUCACCGUCAACGCACCCCCCACCUUCCUGGAGACCCCCCCUGCUUUUGUAGAGGUGCGUGACCAGGCUGCCCUGAGCCUCACCUGCAGGGCUGUUGGCAACCCCCAGCCCGUUGUCACCUGGAAGAGGAGCGACCUUCCCGUGCAGAGCGGGGACGCGGUGCAGGUGAGGAACGGGACGCUGAGCAUCGCCGCCGUGCAGCGCGCCAGCGCCGGCGCCUACACGUGCCACGCCACCAGCAAGGAGGGCACCGUCACCCACACCACCCGUGUGCUGGUGCAGGGGCCGCCCGUCAUCGUGGUGCCACCCCAGAAUGUCACUGUCAACGUGUCCCAAGAUGCCUUUCUGGCGUGCCAGGCUGAGGCGUACCCAGGGAACCUCACCUACACCUGGUUCCAGGGCAGCAGCAACGUUUUCCACCUCAGCCACCUCCAGGCUCGGGUGCGUGUGCUGGUGGACGGGAGCCUCCUGCUGCAGAGAACAACUCCAGAUGAUGCUGGGAAAUACACCUGCACCGCCAGCAACGGGCUCUGGAAGCCGCCUUCUGCCUCAGCCUUCAUCACUGUGCUCUACCCAGCACAGGUGACCACCAUGCUCCCAGAGACCCACCUGCCCAAGGGGAUGCGGGGCGUGAUCCGCUGCCCCUCCAGAGCCAACCCCCCCCUGCUCUCCGUCAGCUGGACCAGGGACGGGCGCCCGCUGGAGCUGGACAAGCUGCCGGGCUGGUCGGCGCGUCCCGACGGCUCCAUCGUUGUCGCGACGGGGAACGACGACGCGCUGGGGCUGUACCGCUGCACGCCCUACAACAGCUACGGCACCGCCGGCGAGUCCCGGCCCACCCGCGUCCUGCUCAAGGACCCUCCUGCCUUCACGGUGAGGCCCAAGGAGGAAUAUUUCCAGGAGGUGGGCAGGGAGCUGGUGAUCCCCUGUGUGGCUGAGGGGGAUCCUCCUCCCACCGUCACCUGGGUGAAGGUGGGCAGCGUGGGGAAGAGCAGUGCCCAGGUGGAUGGGAACAGCAGCCUCGUCCUCCACCCCCUCAUCAAGGAGCAGCACGGAGUCUGGGAGUGCACGGCCACCAACCAGGUGGCCAGUGUCACCACUGCCACCUCCGUCCACGUGCUGGGUACCAGUCCCCACGCUGUCACCAACGUCUCCGUGCUCCCACUGCUGCUGGCAGCCAACAUCUCCUGGGAGCCAGGCUUUGAUGGAGGCUACUUCCAGAGGUUCAGCGUCUGGUACACCCCACUGGUGAGGUUCCCACCACGGGCACACCACGACUGGGUGUCGCUGUCGGUGCCAGCGGGAGCUCAGCACCUUCUGGUGGAGAACCUGCAGCCAGACACCAGUUACCAGUUCAGCGUCCUGGCCCAGAACAAGCUGGGCAGUGGCCCCUUCAGCCAGAUCGUCACCUCCGUGCCCAGGGGCUUCCCAGUGACCACAGUGCCUCCAGAGCCACCGGCCAUGACCGUGCACAUCUUCCUGUCCCCACCCCGGGCUCUGAGGGCCAACGAGAGCGUGAGGGGGGUGGUGCUGGGCUGGGACCCCCCUGACCGAGCCUCGGUGGCCCCGAGCGGCUACGCCCUGGAGCUGCGGCAGGACAAGGGCGGCUGGGAGGUGCUGGAGCGCUCCAUCCCCGCCACGGACACCCAGCUGCUGGUGCCAGGGCUCAUCAAGGACGCCUUCUAUGAGUUCCGACUGGUGGCCUUUGCUGGCAGCUACAUCAGCGACCCCAGCAACACUGUGAACGUCUCCACGGCAGGGAUGGAGGUGUACCCGUCCCGCACGCAGCUGCCGGAGCUGCUGCCGCAGCCGGUGCUGGCCGGGCUCAUCGGGGGGAUCUGCUUCCUGAGCGUGGCCGUCAUCUUCAGCACCAUGGCCGCCUGCAUCAUGAGCCGGCGCCGCGCCGCGCGCGUCCGCAAGCGCCGCCGAGAUCCACCACUCGUCUUCUCCCCCAGCAAGAAGCUUCCACCUCCACACAAUGCUCACGGCCCUGCUAGCCCCGACAGCACGGUGAAGCUGAAGCUGCAGCCGUCGCCGUGCCGCAGCCUGCACCGGACGCUGCUGUGGGGAGAGAAGGCCGGCACCAGCCUGGGGCUGAGCAUCGCCGGCUCCCGCCGCCCCGGCUACGAGAGCCACGGCCGGGAGCACGUCCCGCUGGAGCGCAUCUGCCGCGGCCCCGACGGCCGCUUCGUGGUGGAGAGCGACCCUCAGCCGGGGCCGGAGCCUCCGCGGGACCCCCUGCAGCCCUACCGCCAGCUGCCUGCCGAGGAGGAGGAGGACGAGGAUGAGGAAGAGGAGGACGAGCCCGUGUGGCACAGGGGGGUCUCGCUGCGCCCCCGCUCCGGGCGCCCCCGCGCCUCCGGCCACCGCCACGGUCGCUAUUUCGGUUACGGCAGCAGCAGCCCCGUGGAUGAGGCCGUGGCGUUGAGCAUCACCGAUGUCAGCCCCGUGGCUUGUGCUGCCACCACCGCCCUGCCUUACAGCGCCGGCCAGGAGCCCCCCGGGCCCCCCUGGGACUCCCCCCAGCCGGCCACCGGCCCCACAGCGUCCCCCGACCCGCCGGCCAUCAGCGGGAUCCUGCAGUACCUCAGCCUGCCCUUCUUCAAGGAGAUGUGUGUGGACGGUGACUGGCCCCCCCCAGAGGAGCAGGCAGAGCCCCCCAGUGCCAGCCCCCCGCCCACGGACUGCAUCGACACAAGUGCCAACAACGCCACCUCCCCUCCCGCCACCGCGAACCUCCUCGAGCCCCCCCGGCUGCCCGUGGGUCCAGCCAAGGCCUCGCUGCCUGGUUCCCCCUCCUGGCCCUGCUCCCCCACCCCCGGGCCUCCCCAACCCCCCCAGGCAGGCCCCCAUCUCCGGACUGAGCCCCCUCGGGGCAGCCUGACCAGCCAGAGCAGCGGCCGGGGCAGCGGCUCCUUCCUGCGGCCCCCCUCGCUGGCACCGUCCUUGGGGGGCACCUUCCUGGGCACCCCCCUCGGGGAUGGGGGCAGCUGGCACAGCGGGGGCUCGGCAGCAGAGGAGGGACGGGGCAGGACGGACGCUGGCGCCGGGAAGAGGAGAAACACCUCGGUGGACGAGAACUACGAAUGGGACGCGGAUUUCGCGCUGGAGUCGGAGCUGCUGGAGGCGCUGCAGCUUUACCGGGGCGCGGCCCCGACCCGGCCCGGCUCCUCCAUCGCCCUGCGGGACCUGCAGCGGCACAAGCCCGGCUCGGCCCCGGUGAGCUCGGUGUCGGCGGAGGCGCUGGGGAUGGGGGGUCCCCAGGAAGGCGGUCAGACCCCCCGUCCCGAGGGGCAGGGGGCGCGGCGCCGCAGGGAGGGGGCCCGUGGGUGCCGCUCCGAGCGCUUCGAGGUGGCCACGCUGCUUUAGGG